AUGGUACUCCGCAUGCUCUGGAACAUCGGCUCGGGUCUCGUGCAUGGCGCUUUCCGACCAAAAUCGUCCUCUGGCUUAGCGGGGUUGCACUACCCCGCGGUGUGGAAAGCUCGCUCUGGAUUCCUGGACUGUGAUGUCAACCUGCACCUCAACAAUUCGUCGUACCUCUUUGGCAUGGAACUCGCUCGCUGGCACUUUACCGCGUCCAAUGGUGUCCUUUGGCAAACUUUGAAACACCGGCGGAUGUUCUUAGUAGCGUCCCAAGCCAUUCGGUACCGUCACGGCAUCCCCCCUUUCCACGCGUACGAAAUCAAGUCGCAGAUGAUCUAUUGGGACGGGUCUUGGAUCUACUUCUUGCAACAAUUCCAUGACCCCUCAAGUGGCAAACUCUUUGCGGAGGGAUUGUGCCGUGCUGUUGUCAAGCAGCGAGGAGAGGACGUGCCAUUUGCACGAUUGAUUGCCGAAGUGUAUGACGGACCCGUUCCUGAUCAGCCUGCAGACAUGCCAGACAUUGUCAAAGGGUUCCUCGAGUGGGACGCUGCCUCUCGAUCGAGCAUGGAAGUGACUCAAGCCCGUGAGACAAAGAUUAUCAACAGUAAUCCACCACCACCGAAGCCGCAGAGCCUGGGAGCUCGCAUCUGGACGGAAGUGCUGCGCUCGAUGAACCGUCCCUACUGA